AUGGUCAAGCGGGACGAUAUUGGAGGAUUGGAAAGAGGGGGGAUCCAUGCGAAGACUAGCCGGGCAAAUAUCGUGUAUAUUUUGAUAGCUGGAAUGGGCAGUUUUGUGUUUGGAUACGCGAAUAACUGCAUUGCUGGCACGCUGGCCCAGCCCUCUUUCCAGGUAUUGUUUUUGUCGGGGAGCAAUGAAGAAUCAAUCAUCGGAGGCAUUAUGGGGGCUUUUCUUGGGGGUGGCGCUGUGGGAGCCAUAGUACAAGGUCCUAUUUCGAAUCAUUAUGGUCGUCGCACUGCCACAGGGUUUGCAGCUAUUCUGAUGGUCAUAGCGGGCGCAUUACAAGCAGGAAGCGUUCAUAUUGCCAUGUUUCUUGUCGCUAGGCUCGUUUGUGGAAUCAGUGCCGGUAUGAUAAUCACAAAUUGCCCUGUUUACAUGAGUGAAAUUGCACCUCCCCAUAUUCGAGGAAUGAUGGUUUCGAACCACGCCAUUUCAAUCGUCUACGCCUAUAUUUUCUCAUCUCUGAUGGCCCUUGCGUUCAGCUUCGUCGAUGCGCCAUACCAGUGGAGACUAAACUAUGUUCUUUUAACAUUCUUUGCUUUGGUCCUGCUUGUGUCGCUUUUCUUCCUCCCUGAGUCUCCUCGAUGGUUGUAUGAGAAGGGUCGAGACAAAGAGUCAUGGGAAGUCAUCCAGAAACUUCACAAAAACGAGGAAGAUCUUGAUGGAGAAUUUGCAAAGGCGGAGAUGUCUCAAAUCAAGGCACAAAUUGAGAUCGAAAGAGCUCUGCCCCGAGGCUACUUGCACAUUCUGCAUACACCACACCUGCGGUUCCGGGCGGCCCUUUCUGUCCUCGUUUGGUUUAUGGGACAAUCGACCGGGAUUCUGGUCAUUGCUAACCUGACACCGACGCUUUUUGCCGACCUUGGGUUUGAUACCACGUUGCAGUUUAGUCUUUCUGCAGCUUGGACAGUUUGCGCGCUUCUAGGAACAUUUGUGAACGCCGCGUUCAUGGAUAGGAUCGGCCGGGUCAAGCUCCUUGCAUUCGGAGGCUAUAUAGCGGCUGGCAUGCUUAUUUGCGAGGCAGUUUUGGAGAAAUAUUACAUUGGAAGCCCUAACAAAAACGGUCUGAACGCCGCGGUUGCCUUUUAUUUUCUAUUUGUUUUCUUCUAUGGCUGCACAGUCGACUGCGCCGCAUACGUUUAUAUCACCGAAAUUUGGCCAACGCACCUACGGAGCUAUGGUGCCACGAUUGGUCUCGUUUCAUUCUUCGUGUUCGCCAUUGCAUACACUUGUCCCGCCUCGCAGGCAUUUGCUCAGAUCGGUUGGAAAUAUUACUGGGUCAUGAUCUGCACAUGCAUUGUGUCAGCUACUAUUGUGUACUUUGUCUGCCCUGAGACGGCUAAAUUGACACUGGAAGAAAUCAAUGCCUUAUUUGGUGACGAGGUUGCUCAAGCACUUGAUCAAGUCGUCAAUACAUCGGCUGCUGAUUCCGUCAAGGAAACUAAAGGCGAUCAAGCUUCUCAUAUUGAGAGUAAAGAAGAAUCAUUCAAAUAA